GCGCCUAGGGUGCUUGUGUCUGGCCUGCCUCCACCGCCUGCUGCCGAACCCCUUGCCCGACGGCACCCUCCAGGACCCUCCACACCCUCCAGGAACAUGCAAGGCGGCGGCGUGUUGUUGGCCACCCUAGCGGCGGUGCUGCUGUGCGCGACGGUGCGCUGCUCGGCGGCGGUGGGCGGCAGCCACGGCAGCGGCACCACGGAGGGCGGGCUGACCAGGCCCCUGCGGCCCGCCGUCUUCCACACCCCCGAGGAGCUGCGCCACUACCUGGACGCCGUGUCCAACUACUACGCCGUCGCCAGCCGGCCCAGUCGCUACGGCAAGCGGUCCUCGCAACACCUGUCGCGGGGCGCGUUGCGCCGGGAAUCGGUGCUGGACUCGCUGGCCAACGCCGAGCAGGCCAUGGAGGCCGAGAGCGUGGACGCCGUGCCCGACUACCUGUUCCAGUUCGCCCCAGGCCCGGCGCCCUCCCCGGCGAGUGACGUGUACCCCCUGUUCCUGGACCAGGAGCGUCUUGAGCGCCUUCAGUCCCGCGGCAACCAGGACUGAAGAGUCUGCGUCGUGCUGCAAGCGCCAUUUCUCCUUCAUUUGUUUAAUUUAAAUGUGUCUUGUCCAUAAAUAUGAAAAAGGUAGAAUAUGUUGGGUGGGGAAAAAAUGUAAUUCAUCUAUAACUUUAAUGUAAGCAGCUGCUUUUUCUUCUGAUUCGGUGAACUGAGCUGUGGAGUCACCUCCUCUAACAUUUGGCAUGUAGUGACUUUGUGGCGAAAAAAAAAUUACCGAUGAUUUUGUUGUGGUAGUGAUUUUUUGUCAGGACCCGCUAGUGUGGCUGGAACUGCGGAAUCCUCGACGUCUUUCGUGUUGCUCACGGGAAAAUCCCUGUCGAACGGUUGGCCACAUUGUCGCUUGCAGUAAGGUAGUGUUCAGUGCAGCCCAGUUCUGCUCCUCUUCCAGUGCAAGAGAAGGACCCAGUGUGGCCACGCCACAACCUGCCAAAAAAAAAUGCUUGUCUCUGUUUAGUUUUCAAGAAAAGGGUGGUGUGUGGACAUGCUCUUUUGCAUUGCGAGACUGAGCAGAAAUGCUUUAGAAUCCAACAAAAAAGAAAAGGCUUAACACAUCCUUAGAUCAAGAUUUUGUCUUGAGUGUUUUUUCGUUUUAGUAUUGAUAAUCUCUUUUGUUUUGUUUUAAAAUUACGUCGAAUGCUGUAGAGUCCGGAUGACGGUGUUACUUCGUUCCCUGAGACCGGUCACACGUCUGCUGUUAACGAAAAAUAUUCUAAUUUAAAAUAAAUAACUAGUGUAAGUUGUUCGGAUAGGAGCAAGGUAGAUUCCUUAUUAUUGGUCAUUCUCUAUUCAUAUGAUUUGGACUGUAGUUGAUUUUAAAACCAAAUAAUACAAACACAAUUAGAAUUCCCCUUUUCCGAUGUUAUGUUAUUUCGAACCCUCCAUCUGUCCAGCAGUAAUUCCCCUGUCGUAUUGUUAGCUCAACUUUGUGUAUAGAUGUACAUAGUAGGUCUGUGUAAAUUUCAGUGAUGAAUAAUAAACACGAUGGUGAAAUAAGAA